ACAUCAUCAGCUGAUUCUUGCUCUCCUCUCUAUAUUGCUCUGUCAGACAUUUUUAAAUUUUCAAGUUCAAUAUUUUAGGGUUUUGCUCGUGAUGAAUUUCAAUCUGAUCUUCCUUCUCUCUCCACUAUUAAUCUCCUAUCACCAUUUAUUGAUCUCUGGAGUGAAAUAGCAGAGAGUAUUUGAAUCUCUUCUGAUUUGGGUGGAGAGAGUGAGGAGGAAGAAGAAGAAGUUAUUCCGAUCGCUUAGAACACGAAGAUAUUGAAAAUAGUCAAAUGGGUAUUUGCUAUUCCUCAGUAAGACGCACUCACAAAGAAGAUAGUUGGAAGAAGCACAAAAGCACGAGCAUAGAUACAACACUCAAGAAGACGAGACACUCCGGUGAUUUCACCUCCUUCAUUAGCAAGUUUGGUGGUGGUGGCGGCGCCGGCGGCCGAGCGUCGGUGACGGCGGUGGCUCUCCAUCAAAUCCCGGGAAGGCUGUUUGGGAACGGCUGCAGUAGCAUCGCGAGCUUGUAUACGCAGCAGGGCAAGAAAGGAACCAAUCAAGAUGCCAUGAUCGUUUGGGAGAAUUAUAGUUCAAGAAGUGAUACGGUCUUUUGCGGAGUAUUUGAUGGUCAUGGUCCUUAUGGUCAUAUGGUUGCAAGGAGAGUUCGAGAUUCUCUUCCUGUUCUUCUUUGCAAUCAGUGGGAAGCUAAUUCCAAUGGCGAUCCAAGCUGUCGGAGUGAGAAUGGAACCACAAAUAGAAGCACAGAAUUGGAGGAAUGCGCGGAUUCGUUGGAGGUUGAAGAGAAAGAGAGGCUCCCUGAGAGAUAUGUACCAUUGAAGCAGUCAAUUUUGAAGGCUUUCGAGUUAAUGGAUGAGGAAUUAAACUUGCACCCAGUAAUUGAUUGUUUCUGCAGUGGAUCAACUGCUGUUACUUUGGUAAAGCAGGGUCAGGAUCUUAUAAUUGGAAAUGUUGGUGACUCAAGAGCAGUACUGGCAACAAGGGAUAAAGAGAACUCUUUGGUUGCUGUACAAUUGACCAUUGACUUGAAACCCAAUCUUCCAAGGGAAGCCGCUAGGAUCCAGCAAUGCAAGGGAAGGGUCUUUGCUUUGCAAGAUGAGCCGGAGGUUCCACGUGUAUGGCUGCCUAAUAGUGAUUCACCAGGUUUGGCAAUGGCUAGAGCUUUUGGGGAUUUCUGUCUAAAGGAUUUUGGUUUAAUUUCUGUGCCAGAUGUUUAUUACCGUCACCUCACGGAAAGAGACGAGUUCAUUAUUCUUGCUACCGAUGGGAUUUGGGAUGUUCUCUCCAACAAGGAAGCUGUAGAUAUUGUGGCCUCAGCCCCUGAUUGCGUAACAGCAGCCAGAGCUCUUGUUGACUGUGCUACCAGAGCAUGGAUGCUUAAAUACCCCACAUCCAAGAUUGAUGACUGUGCUGCUGUAUGCCUAUUUCUGGAACAUGGUUUUGCAACUGACUUUGAGCAGGCAGAGAAUGAUCUGACUAAGGGUCCAAAAGAGGUGGUACAAAGGAUCUGUGAAACCGAUGGGGACACCAAGAGGUUAGACACUGGUGAUGUUUUAGCAUCACAACCUUCUGUUCUUGAUCAUUCCGGUACUUUAAGAGAGACUGGUGAGAUUGUGCUUGUUUCUGAGUCAACUGAGGAAAAGCUUCCCAAGAGAAGCCUGAGCCACUCUAAGAGGAGCCUUGCGGAGUGCCUUUCAACAGCUGAGGACAAUGAAUGGUCAGCUCUUGAAGGUAUUACCAGGGUCAAUAGCCUGCUAAGUAUUCCCAGGCUCCUCUUUGGAGACAAAAGAUCAGCCAGUUGGAGGAAAUGGUUAUGAAAAGUCCGAGGGCUGUCUCGACUUUACACAAAACCAAAUAGAAUUGUUUCAUAUGAUCAAAGAUUGCGCAAGUGCACAAUUUUAUUCCACAAAAAAAAGAUUGCACGAGUUCAACUCAGAGCUAUAAGAGUGUAGAUUUCAAGUUGCCAGAAGCAGAUGGAAGUGUCAAACUAAUGCUUAUAUACGUGGUGUGUACUAAAAAAAAUCACCAGAUGGGGUCUCUGUAAGUUUCAAGUUGCCUGAUGCAUAUGGAAUGGUAACAUGCAAUGCCUACAAUAUCAGCAUACCAGAAUGGAUAGAACAUCAACUGAAUUUUGUAAGUUUUGCUGAAAGUUACAAUUACAGAUUUUGAUAGUGAUACUUUGUAGGAGGAUGGAUCAUAUCUAUGUAUGUACUAUGUACAUAUGUUCGUGAUAAUGUGCUUUGAUUCUCAACUUUGUCUUGCAUAUUUUGCUCUGAAAAUUAGUAUAUGCAAAAGAGUGACAGGAUAAUACAUCUAUAUAACAGAUAAUAUGAUUUGAUCUUUGACUGUGUUGCAUCA